CUUCGAUAAUUAAUAAAAGGCAGGCUCGAGUCAUUAGUUUUUUUCGUCUGUCCAAAUAAAAUUUAUGUUUCUAAAAAUUAAAUAAACAAAGUAAGGUUUAAACGGUACCACUCCAGAGUCUACAGCACUCCCCGGAGCAAACGGCGCAAAGAAGAGCCCACUGGCAGCGAACUGGUAAACUGGUAAAGCGCGCUGCCCCGUUUUCGUUUUGGAUGCUCGUCAAGUGUUAUUAUGGAACAAGGAUGUCCUCCAGCUGCUAGCAGGAAUUCCUUGACCAGUGCAGAGGAGGAGGGUACUCCGACGUCGAUCACCUCGUCGGCCAGCGGCCAGCACAUUGAACUGAAGAGUCAGGCGGCGGCAGCGGCAGCGACGGCGACUACCAGCCAGGAGGCAGGAGCAAAAGCAGCACGAGCAGCUGUAUCAGCAUUUUUAUCUAUGUCAACACUGAGGGAGGAUGUGGAGGACGUGUGCGUGUCGUCGAAUUCUCAGCAUGGCUUCGCCGUAGUGCUGGAUGAUGAGUCCAGCACCUCCGGAGUGCUGGAGACCUUUGAGAUUAGCUCUUCCAACUCACUGCCCACCAGCACGAGGCCGGCAUCCACCGUUGGCGUGGUGGUGGCCGUGGAUGACAGCUCCUCCACAGAUACCAUUAACGACGAUGACCAUCCCUCCUCAGAGCACAGUCGUGGGGGCUUCUUCAAUGAUAGUGAGGAGCCGCCCAUUGUCUGCCUUAUAAACGACGACGAUGAUGAGGAGGAGGACGAGGAGGAGGAGGAUGAAGAUGAGCUGAUCGAGGACGAUUAUGAGGACGUGGAGGUCAUUGUGGCUGGCAUCGACUGCCCAAACACAUCACAAAUGGCCCUGCCCGACGGCACCAUCAUGACCGCCGAUGGCUCCAAGAUUUUCCUCGAGACCCCCGUCGUGGAGGAUGCUCUGCCCCAUUCCCAUCCAGGUCAUCCCGAUGGGAACGACGUCCCGUCAGAGUUCGGCGAUCAGGUGGUCGGCAAACCGAAGCGCCUGAGCGACGAAUUUAUGCUUAGCGAGGAUCAGGUGGAGGACCAGCACCAUGCAAGAGGAACCAAGUCUGAGCCAGCCAACUCCGACAACAGCCGGCAGGAGCCAGACGAUACCGCCACGUCUACAUCACUCCACGACAGGCUGAUGUCAGUGCGGCUGAAGCAGAUGAGUCUCACAGCCAACGCCACGUCGAAUCCCUCGCCAGCCGCAUCGGCCACAUCUGCCACAUCUGUGGCAUCAGCCUCAUCAGGUGGGGCGCAGGAGGAGGCCUCCACAUCCAGCUGCAGCUCUAGCUCCAACUGCAACCCCCAGCCACUGUCUAAGGCGGACAUUCAGUCGAUGGAUCUGAUAGAGCGGCGCGAUUUUGAGACAGAGCAGCGCCUCACUGGCGGCAUCAUUCUGCGCACCAGCUCCCUUCUGAGUCGGAACAAAUUGAACCUAAGUCUGAUCAAGUCCAUGGGUGGCGGGGGGACAGCAGCAGGCCCAGGAGCAGGUGGUGGCGGAAGCGGCGGAGUCACCAGCAGCAACAGCAGCAGCGAUGAUUGGCCCAGCGGCAGCAACGGACGCACCGUCUCCUCGGAUAGCAAGUGCACGUACAAGGAUCUAUCGACGACCCCAACGAGCAGUCGCAAGUAUACCAACAGUCGGCUGAGCAAGUCCACUGCCAAACUGAAUCUAGGAUCCACCCUGGGCACAUCCUCAACAGUGGGAGCAGCGGCAGCAGCGUCAAGCAGCUGCAGCCAGAACAGCAGAUCCACCAUGUCGCAGUCGCAGUCAUCAGAAGCGGCGGGCACCAGCUGUACGGGAGCUGCUCGAACGGAUGUGUUCACCAACACCAAUUCGAAUGAUGCUCCAUCCACAUCAACAUCCACAUCUACUUUGAGCUGUCAGGAGCAGGAGGAGAAACCUAGUGCAUCAUCAUCCUCCCAGUCCAUCUCCUUCAGCUCUGUGGGUUCGCAGACCUCUCAGGAUGGCGGCCGCACAUACGCUUUACACUCCACAUCAUCAUCCGGAUCGGCCUGUUCCGGAUCGGCCGUUGCCGAUGAUGCCCAGGCCUCGACGUCCACGUCAGCAUCAGCAUCCUCCACCGCGACAUCGACAUCGAACGGCACAACGCGGUGUGAGUACGUGGCCACAGCAAAGGCGGCGCGCCAAGUGAACGCCAGUGCUCAGACACAGGAACGUCUAUUCGCGCGCCUUCCAGGUUGCGGCGGAGUGGCCGGUGUAUCAAAGGCAGCGGGCGGUGCCGCAGCUCAUGCAUUGGUCACACGGCAGAGACGCAAUGGCUCCAACGAUGUCAUAGUCCUAGAGGUUGUGGUCGAAGAGGGUGCCGCGGCCGGAGCCAACAACAACAACAGCAACAACAACGUGGUAGAUGGUGGUCUGAUCGAGCCGGGAGAUGGCGACGAGUCGUGGUUCAACUGCGAUGAGGAGAACAACUCGGACUUGGAGGAAAUUUGCACAUGCCAGAAUGGCAAUAGUGGUUAUAGCAGCGGCAGCAACGGCAGCCUCAGCGAGCCCUACGACAUGGAACCAGUGGAGUAUGACGAGCCAAUCUCCCUCUCCACAUCGUCCUCGGUUAUUUGCGACGGCGGCUCAUCCUCCGCAUUGACCAAUACCGGGACAUUGAUUUCGCAACAGCGCAAGCGCAAAUACAACGAAGUGCGCAUUCUCGAGGGCUGUGAGUAUUCCAUGGCCAUCUCGGCUAGCGGCGGGAUGGGCGGUGCUGGCUUUGGAGUCGGCGAUAAUAGCCGCAAGCGGAUUGCCUACGAUUUUGCAUCCACACCGCGAUCGUCAUCCCAGCACAUGGGACCCACAGCGGUGCUGUCCAUUACGCCAUCGCUGGUGGUCAGCGCCAGUGCUACGACACCGAUUGGGCGUCGUACACCGCGCGGGGUGUCCGCCCGUGACAAUCCGCCACCAGAGCUGCAGCAUUGGUUGCAGCAAUUCCAACGCUGGUCCCAUGUGGAGCGGCUGCUCGCCGUCGAUCGUCUAAUCGACCAUUGCGAUCCCUCGCAGGUGCGUCACAUGAUGAAGGUGAUCGAGCCACAGUUCCAGCGGGACUUCAUCUCGCUUCUGCCAAGGGAGAUAGCACUGCUGGUGCUGUCCUACCUGGAGCCGAAGGAUCUGCUACGGGCUGCCCAGACAUGUCGCAGCUGGCGCUUCCUCUGCGACGACAAUUUGCUGUGGAAGGAGAAGUGCCGCAAGGGCCAGAUCCAGACGGAGUCGCGCAGCGAUCGGCCGAAACGAGGCCGCGAUGGCAACAUGCCGCCCAUCUCAUCGCCGUGGAAGGCCGCCUAUAUGCGGCAGCACAUCAUCGAGAUGAACUGGCGCUCGCGACCCGUGCGCAAACCCAAGGUGCUCAAGGGCCACGACGAUCAUGUUAUCACAUGCCUGCAGUUCUCUGGCAAUCGCAUUGUGUCCGGCUCCGAUGACAACACCCUCAAGGUGUGGUCUGCAGUCAAUGGAAAGUGCCUACGCACACUGGUGGGCCACACUGGUGGUGUUUGGUCCUCGCAAAUGUCUGGUAACAUCAUCAUCUCGGGCAGUACGGAUCGCACGUUGAAGGUUUGGGACAUGGACAGCGGUGCUUGUGUCCACACACUGCAGGGGCACACGUCCACAGUGCGAUGCAUGCAUCUGCAUGGCAAUAAGGUGGUUAGUGGCUCCCGAGAUGCCACCUUGCGGGUCUGGGACAUCGAAUUGGGCUCUUGUCUGCAUGUCCUUGUUGGCCAUCUGGCUGCCGUGCGUUGUGUACAAUACGAUGGAAAGCUUAUUGUGUCCGGAGCGUACGAUUACAUGGUCAAGAUCUGGCAUCCAGAGCGACAGGAGUGUCUGCACACGCUGCAGGGACACACGAAUCGCGUCUACUCACUGCAGUUCGAUGGUGUCCAUGUGGUGUCGGGCUCCCUGGACACUUCCAUUCGUGUGUGGGAUGCGGAGACGGGCAAUUGCAAGCACACUCUGAUGGGCCAUCAAAGCCUGACGUCGGGCAUGGAGCUGCGCCAGAACAUACUCGUCUCUGGCAAUGCCGAUUCCACCGUCAAAGUGUGGGACAUCACAACUGGACAAUGUCUGCAAACGCUUUCGGGUCCAAACAAGCAUCAGUCUGCGGUCACCUGUCUGCAGUUCAAUUCACGAUUUGUGGUCACCAGCUCGGACGAUGGCACUGUUAAGUUGUGGGACGUGAAGACAGGCGAUUUUAUACGCAAUCUUGUGGCCUUGGAUUCGGGUGGCUCUGGAGGUGUUGUGUGGAGGAUUAGGGCAAAUGAUACCAAACUGAUUUGUGCGGUUGGCUCACGGAAUGGGACCGAGGAAACGAAGCUUAUGGUCCUUGACUUUGAUGUGGAGGGCGCUUGUGUCAAGUGUUCAUAGGAGCCACUCAAUCGGCUGCAGCUGCAGCUGCAGCGACCACGUCUGCUGAUCCGUCUUGGUAUGGCAAGCAGCUUCUUCAAUCGAGAUUUCACGCAUGCAACAAACAACAAUACAUUUAGAACCACAAUCCACACGCAACCACAACAACAACAACAGCAACAAUCAUCCAAACAUCAGAGAUACACAUACAGCGGAUGGGUGAAUCCGUAACGUAACGUAACGUAAUGUAAAUGUUAACGCUUGCCUUGCCAACAAAAAUGCAGCUGCUAACAUAUAUAUACACACACACACACACACACCACACACUUACACGAAAAUAUUGUGAGAGAGAGACGCGCCAAAUGGGCGUAGUUUUUUCGCGGGUGGGGAGGGGGUGUGGCUGUGAGGAGCAGAGCGGAAAGGAGAGGAGAGUGUGUCUUGUUAAUAAUUUGUUUCUUUGAUUAACGUUGCUUUAUAGCCAAAAUUCGUUUUCCACCGUAGAAUAAUUUUUUGCUCCUUAGUUUUUAUUACGAUUAUAUACAUACAUAACAUACAUAUUUAGAUAUAUAGAGAUCGAUAACCAGCAUACGAGUAUAUAGUAAGUUGUCGGUCUGAAGAAGCGCGUCUUGGAAAUAAUAAUAGAACAUUACGUAUUACAAAAUCAUCUUAAGUAUACAAUUACAGUUACAGUUAAAAGUUACAGCUACAGAAGAGAAAUAUUUUUGAGUUGAGGCCCUGAAAGAGAGAAAGGCGAACGUUUCGUUUAUGAAAAACACACACAGCUUUAUAUUGAUUAAAUUGGUAUUUGUUUAAUUUGAAUUUAAAGAUGAUUAAUGAUUAUGAUGAAUGAUGUAUAUGUUAAUAUUUGCACUUGAUUUGAGAUUGAGUUUUCGUGACGUGCCGUUGAUUAUGUUACAAAUUUAGUUGUGGUUUUCGUUUCCGUGUUUUGUUUUGACUGUACCCCACAUAGUACCAAGUGUAUCCAUGUUUAUCCAAGCAUCCAUGUUGUAAUUAUUUAAUUGGGUUUGAUUCGAUUCGACACCACACCACCAUCCACCAUUUGGGGCUGAUUCCAAAUUCCAUGUGGGAGCGAGAGUGCGCCUUCAUUUGAUUUUGACUAAAAUUCCUCAUUUGCCAGGAACCUGCCACAAUUGCCGAAUAUAUAUAUAUAUAGCGUUAAGAAGAAGAGUCAUCCCGUUAGUAGUCUCGUGAAGAGCAGCUCACACCCACAUAAACAGACACACACACACGCUGACACUUACACACACCACAUACAUGCAUACGUACAUACAUACAUACAUGAAAUCAUCAAGCGAAAAACAUAUAUUUUAAUUAUAGACUGAUUUAUUAGUAAUUGAAAUUAAUCUACAAAUAUGUAUGUGUAAAACGGUACCGUAUGUAUUUCAAUAAAUUUAUCGGUUUAAGCAUUGAAUAAACGCAGGAAUAACAAUAAAAAACAAAAAAUAAUAGUUAAUACCAG